AUGCCGCAAAAUCGCAUAGUCACCGGCUCCUCCCGCGGCAUCGGCGCCGCCAUCGCCCUGAAGCUCGCCUCGCACGGGGCGGACGUGGUCAUCAACUACGUCGCCUCUGCCCAGUCCGCCGAGGCCGUCGCGGCCCGUGCGCGCGAUGAGCACGGCGUCCGGGCCGUCUGUGUGCAGGCCGACGUCUCGAACCGCGACGACAUCGCGCGCCUCUUUGGGGCGGCCAAGAAGGAGCUCGGCCGCGUGGACAUUGUCAUGAGCAACUCUGGCAUCGAGCACUUUGGUGACAUCGAGACGGUCACGGGCGAGGAGAUUGACAAGGUGUUUGCCGUGAACGUCAAGGCGCAGUUCUUUGUGGCGCAGGAGGCCUAUAAGGUCAUGGAGAAUGGAGGGCGGCUGAUCCUGAUAAGCAGCAUCUCUGCUGCCAUGGGUUUCCCGCGCCAUGCCAUCUACUCUGCCUCCAAGGCAGCCAUCACGGGCAUGAUCAAGUGUCUGGCCUGGGACUUUGGCUCCAAGCAGAUCACCGUCAACGCCAUCGCCCCUGGCGGCAUCAAGAGUGACAUGUACGCGCAGGCGGCGGCCGACUACUUCCCCAACGGCAAGGACAUGACCAUCGACGAGAUCGAUGCCAAGGUCAGCGCCUGGAGCCCCCUGGGCCGCCCCGGCAUGCCGGACGACAUCGCGGGCGUCGUGGCGCUGGUGGCGAGCCCGGAGUCGCAGUGGCUCACUGGCCAGACUUUCCAUGUGGGUGGAGGAGCCCACAUGGCUACUUCUUAG